AUGCCGACACCUAUGUCAACAUCAGGAGGCCUCUACAGAUCCAACUCUUCUCCAGUACCUCGCGCCAACACCCCUUUACCACCUUCGACGACUACGUCGACGAGCAAUGUCACCACUGCCCAACCUACCCGUUCACAUACACCUUUCACGCCACGCAGGCCCAAGACACCCACCGGUUCCACCACACCUGAGAGGCCACCGCUUCUCAGGCAUGGAUCCAGCUCACAGUCAAUACCGCGUGCCACGUCCCCGGUACGAACGGCCAGUCCAGAGCCUAUCAAAGACGAGGACGUCAAACGUGCCACAGCUCGUGAAGAGAUGCUACGCCGAGUGGCCUCAGAGGUCGAAAGUAUCGAAAAAGAAACGGAUGAAGUCGCUAGGCAAAAGUUUGAGAGUACUCGCCGCGGCCGAUCCCGAGGAAACUCUGUAUUGGAGCCAGUUACUCCCCCCACUCUCAGUCGCUCUAACUCAUUGAGAGAUCGUCCCCGUCCCCACGCUCGUAGGGGAAGCAUAGACAGUAACAUUGGAGCCAGCUGGGAAGUUGAGAUUGACCCCGAGUCACCUCGAAGUGCCAAAGAGUGGGAGAAGUGGGCCGAAGAUAAAGUUCGAACAAGGCGUCGACUGGAGGAGGUCUGGAGGAAGGAAGAAUCAGCCUUUGUAGAAACGGAGAGGCUUGUACAAGAAACAUUAUCACGAGAAAAAUCACGUCGCGAACGCGAAGCCCGGAAGGAAUGGGACCGCCAAGCUUUCCUUGAACAGGAGCGUAAAAGGAUGUCCAAGGAAUUGAGGGAUCGGGAGGAACAGAAGCGACUGCGAGAGAUUCAAGAGCUUCGGGAGCUUCAAGAGGCGCUACUUGCCGAAGAAAAGAGACUCGAAGAUCUCGAGCGGGUACGGAGACAAGAAGCACGACGUAUUGAGGAGGAGGCACGAGCUCGGCGUCGAGAGGAAGAGCUCCAGCGAGAAAGGGAACGAAAACGUCAGGAGGAAAUUAGGCGUCAGGAGGAAGAACGCCAGAAAGAACGAGAACGGGAACGAGAGCGUCAAAGGUCCUCCAGCUCUCAGCGUGCCAAGUCCCACGAACGACAACGGUCACGAGAACCAAAGCGAAAACCCUCCUUUUACACCCAUCGACAAACCACCCAGGAAGAUAUUCGAAAGAUAUUCCAAACCAACUUUGAUGAUGACUCCGAUUGCACCGA